AUGGACGUUUCCAACAUCACACAUUUCCCCGCGAAUCUGCGAUAUAUCCAGUAUGAACAUGGUCUGGAGGCAAAGUAUCUCCCUGCCAUCCGCUCGCUGAUCGCGAAGGACUUGAGCGAACCUUACAGCAUCUAUGUCUACCGAUACUUCCUCUACCAAUGGGGCCACCUGUGCUUCAUGGCAUUGGAUCCCGCAGACUCAUCUCUCAUUGGCGUCAUUGUAUGCAAGCUGGAAGUCCACUCAUCACACUCGCCGCCAACGCGCCGCGGGUACAUCGCCAUGCUGGCCGUCGCCUCCCCGUAUCGCGGCAAAGGUAUCGCCACGGCCCUCGUCAAGAGGGCCAUUGACGCCAUGGCUCAGCGGAAUGCCGACGAGGUCGUUUUGGAAACCGAAGAAACGAACACCCAGGCCAUGCGCCUGUAUGAGCGUCUAGGCUUCCUGCGCUCUAAAAAGCUGCACAGGUAUUAUCUCAACGGAAACAGCGCCUACAGAUUGGUCCUGCUGCUGAAAUCUAUCGACCCGGACGCUGUUCUUGAGGACUCUGACGGCCAGUCUCCGUGA